CUGGCCCCAGCGUUACAUGUGGCUCAAGCUAUGAUAAUGAAGAUGUUGGAAAAUGCAGGUAACCUGCAUGUCGUGUUUCUCCUCUGUCUCAUCAAUCCAUGUUUCUCAAUUGAUGUCUUCAAAUAUUUUACAACCCAGGGGAGAGACCAGCUUGUGGAGGCCUUGUUUGACGGAGACAGAGGCUAUGCUGACUGCGCGGUCUUUGGGGACAGGCACGUGGUUGGAAAUAUUUUGAAAGAAGUCUCAACAGAAAAGAUAGAGGAGAUCAAUAAAAGUGACCUUGACCUGCAUAUUGAAAAAUGUCAUGAGUUUCACCUGACCCUGAACGAUAGUCCCCUGAGAAGGAAGAGAUAUGCCAUAUUCCCAGGAACCAAGUGGUGCGGCGUUGGCAACAUCUCCAGUCAUUCCACCGAGCUGGGUGUUCACAACUACACCGACGCCUGCUGCCGUCAGCACGACCACUGCCCAGACUACAUACUCCCCUUCACGUCGAAGUAUGGCCUCUUCAACUUCGCCCUGUAUACCAGGUUUGACUGUGCCUGCGACAAGGAGUUCUUCCAGUGUCUGAAGGCGUCUCCGGACGAUGCUGCUGACGACGUAGGCGGAAUAUACUUUAAUCUGCUGAGCAUGAAGUGCAUAGGGUACGGACAUGCCCUGAAGUGUAUUAAAAGGGGGUGGUUAAUCUGUUUGGAGUAUGCCGAAGACAAGUCAAGGAUUGUCAGGAAGUUCACCAAUAGUUCCCGUUUUUGAUGCGGGCCAUGU